AUGCGGCGACGCAAGCCUUUGGGGCGAUCCAGUGCCGAAAGUGCUCCAACCUCACUGCCAGGCGUCAUUGGUAAUCUCCCGAGGCGACCCCCGGGACCCCCCAGCAGCCAAACACUGCCAAGCCCACCAUGUCCCUGCCGGAGCCAGGCACCGAAUUGGCAGGCAGGCAGGCGCGCAGUCACCCGACGGAGUCACUGCACCUCCCCUCGCGUGGCUGCCCUGCAUUGA